UUAUCUGGCCUCCAUUUGACUGUUCGCUUAAAAGACUGCUGUUGUCAAAAUUUAUAUUGUAUUUGAACUGUAGGUUCUUUUAAAGUUUUGCUCAUACAUUAUGUAUUCACAAUCGAGAUUGAAAUGCUUCAAAAACAAAGGAAGGGAUCAAGAAGCUAUGAGGCGUCGUCGUACUGAAGUUAAUGUUGAACUUCGUAAGCAAAAGAAAGAUGCUGGCCUUUCAAAGCGUAGAAAUGUUGAUGAUACUGAUGAACCAGUCAGCCCCUUGCAGCAACAAAACAAGAGUUCUGUUAUGUCUAUUGAAGAAAUUGUGAUGGGUAUCAGAAAUCCAGAUCCUCAUAUGCAACUCCUUGCUGCUCAAAAUGCUAGGAAAAUACUAUCUAGGGAGAGAAAUCCACCAAUUGACAUUAUGAUUACUGCUGGAGUUAUUCCUUAUCUUGUGUCCUUUCUCACACAAAGUGACAAUGUACCUCUUCAAUUUGAAGCUUGUUGGGCAUUGACUAAUAUCGCAUCUGGAAAUCCAUCUCAAACAAAAACUGUCGUAGAUGCUGGUGCUGUUCCCAUCUUCACUUCUUUGUUGUCUUCUCCUCACCCAAAUGUUGCUGAACAGGCUGUUUGGGCUUUAGGAAACAUUGCCGGUGAUGGACCAGAGUUGAGAGAUUUGGUCAUACGAAACAAUGUCAUCAAAUCUUUAAUCAACUUGCUGAAGCCAGAUAUUUCAAGCACAUUCCGUCGUAAUAUCACGUGGACAUUAUCAAAUCUUUGCAGAAACAAGAAUCCUCCUCCUCCUUUUGAAGCUAUAAAGGAAUGUUUACCAACAUUUGCAGAAUUAAUCAAUGAUACUGAUUCAGAAGUGGUUACAGAUGCUUGUUGGGCUGUGUCUUACUUGACUGAUGGUCGAAAUGAGCAGAUACAAGAAGUCAUUAAUGCCGGUGUUGUGCCACGUCUUGUUGAGCUGUUGGAGAUGAAAGAUGUUGCUAUCAUCUCCCCAGCAUUGCGCUCAGUUGGUAACAUAGUUACUGGAGUCGAUGACCAAACACAAACUGUAAUUGAUGCUGGUGCUCUUCCUUUGUUGAGACAUCUGCUUAGACAUCCAAAGCCAAAUAUAGUAAAAGAAGCCUGUUGGACUGUUUCAAAUAUUACUGCUGGGAAUGUCAUGCAAAUACAAGCUGUUGUUGAUACUGGCUUAAUGUCACUCAUCAUUGAUGUUCUGAAUGAGGGGGACUACAAAAGCCAAAAAGAGGCGGUGUGGGCUGUAACCAAUUUCACAUCUGGUGGCAGUUUAGAGCAAGUUAUCUAUUUGGUUAAGGCUGGUGUUCUAACUCCUCUGUGUAACAUACUAACAGUUAAAGAUCCAAAGGUGCUAACUGUAGCAUUGGAUGCUAUUACAAACAUAUUGAAUGCUGCCUCAAAGGUUGAUGCAACAGAAAAUGUGUGUUGUUACAUUGAAGAAUGUGGUGGACUUGAUAAAAUUGAAAUGUUGCAACAUCAUGAAAAUGUAGAUGUUUAUAAAGCUGCUUUUGGAAUUAUUGAUAAUUUCUUUGGUACUGAGGAUGAUGAAGCUGCUGAUCUCGUUCCUCAAGCGGACAGUACCGGAGCUUAUGAUUUUGGGCCCGUUGAUUCUCCCAAUGGUGGAUUUUCUUUUUAGUGUCGCUCACUAAAUGAGUACUGAACAUUUUACUUUUGGUAUUCAUAACAUAUUCUCUUUUAAGCUUUAUAUUCGGUUUGUACAGUUUUCAAUUCCAGUGGAAAAAAUGUGUAAAAAUUUCUUCUUUGAUCUGUGAUUAAAUUUAUUGCAUUAAAGGCAUUUGAAUUUUUAUA